UGGCUUGGUGGGGUGUCAGCCAGCAAGUCAUCUGAUUCUGACCUGUUCUUAUAGUACUCAGAGUCUGAAGCCAGGAGAGCAUAUAAAGUGUUUUUCACUGUAUUUUGUACCGAGCCGAGUGUGCGCGUUUCACACACCCUCUCUGGCCACGUUGAGUUGUUGACACUGACAGCGGCAAAAGCAACACAUGCGCUUAUCACUUGUAAAACUCAAGGGUGUAUGGGUAAUUUAGUCUCUGCUCUCGGUGAGACGAAUUAGGGCGCUUGCAUUGUGAAGGCCGCUAUGAAAUAAUCAUUUAAAACACUUCAAAAUAUUUAAUUCAAAGAUCCAUUAAGCUGAUCAAAAAAUACAGACCUUUUUGCAGUAGUAAAUUACUUGACAAUAAGUGACAGAAUUUGUUCCUUUUUUUUUCAGAGAGUGUAUAACAAAACCAUUCAAUUCAGUUACCACAAAAAGUAAAUUUUUAUAUAUCCUCAGGAAGGGACACUGCAGAGGAGCCAACUGUAAUUGUGAACAGAAAACAAGCAGUCAUUGUGACUCCAGUUGUGUGCUUCUGCAAACUGUAAUAUAAUAUAGCAGUGUUUAGGUUAGUGAGGGACCAAAUAAACAAAUAGGUUCACUCUUUUGCUUCAAUGUCUUUCAAAAUCCGUGACUUUUGUCAGUGGAACUUAAAAUUUGCAAUUUUUAGCAUAAUAUCAGUUAUUUUCAAUAAUAUUAUGUGAAUGGUGAGCACAGUUGUGAAAUAAGAUUUUUACUGAAUAAUAGUUUCAAUGUCUCUGUACAUUUCUCACACAACAUAACAAGAGGUACUGAUGCUAUUUUGGAUUGAAUCUCAGGUGUAAAACAUUUACAAAGAAAUUAUACCUUGACUAAAAGGAUAUUGUGUCAAAAAUUACAUUUUCUUUAAAGCUUUGGAGCAUGUUUUACAUCUGUAGAUGGGAAAAUAAUGUUAAGAAUAUUUAGAGACGUUUCAUUCUUAUUUGCCCUUUUUGGUUCUUAUAUCGGACCAUCAGUGCUAAUGUUAUUAGGAAGGAAAUGUAAAUCAGCAUCGGUCAUGCCAACUUCUUCUUUCUUCAUUUUCUCUUGCGUUUUUCUGACACUCUGCACAAAACAUCUUCUGUGAGCUAAAUAACUGAAACAGACAAUUGCAAUGCUGCAAAUUAUUCUGCUUCUUCUGCCUGGUGUUCUCAGUCAGUGGAGAGUGAGUUAUGUUUCUCUGAGUCCGGUCUGUGCUGCGAGGGGAUCCAAUGUUUCUAUUAACUGUAGAUAUAAAUAUCCAGACGGUCAACAAGUACAGCAAGUGAUGUGGUGUUCAAUGAGAUCAAACCAUGACAAGUGUAAGGAAAAGCCAUAUGUUUAUGAUAGUAAAUCCAACAAUAAUCAAAAGAACUUCCAAUACAUUGGAGACAAAACCUCAGAUUGUUCUCUUUUGAUCAGUAAUAUUGAUCAAACACAUUCUGGAGAGUAUAAAUUCAGAUUUAUGACCAAUGACGACAAAUAUACAGGUGAUCCUGGAGUGAACAUUUUAGUAGAUGAUUUAAGAGUGUCCAUGAGCAGAUCAAGAGAAAAUGGAAGCACAAUAGUUGGAGACUCUCUGAAUUUGACGUGCACACUCAGCUGUUCUGGUAAUUUAGCUGAUGUUCAGUGGUUUAAGAAUCGUGAUCUGAUUCGACACUCAGAGCCCGUCCUCACCUUCAGCAGAGUAACAGCUGAAGACUCGGGGAAUUACUCUUGUUCUUUGAGAAACUUUAAAACAACUGUAUCUGAAGAAAUUACCAUUUACAUUGAAGAUGUCGUCGCGUCUCCAACCGUUCUGAUUAUUGUGCUGUUUUUAUUCUCACUUGUUUUCAUCACUGCAGCUGUGAUUCUUAUAAAAAGAAGGGAAGCAAAAAUGAAAGAAAAACAAGUGGAAGAAAGAGAAGAAGCCAAGGAUUCCCUUUACAGCACAGUUCAACCUCAAACAACCGCUAACAAAAACCUACCAGGAGCUGAGGAUGUACAGCAGGAAGAUGAAGUGCAAUAUUCAUCUGUCACCAUUAAACCCAAAGAACUGCUUCAAGUGUCUUCAAACACAGAGCAGGAGGAUGAUUCAACCAUCUACAGCGCAGUGAUGAAUGGUUAAUCAUACUUUCAGAAACUAAGGAAGGCCUAUAGAUUUGUCUCGUGAAAUAAAAGCAAACGGGCCUCUU